ACGUUUUUCAAGAUGGCGAAGCAUCAUCCAGAUUUGAUUAUGUGCAGAAAACAACCCGGUGUUGCAAUCGGUCGACURUGUGAGAAAUGUGAUGGUAAAUGUGUGAUAUGUGAUUCCUAUGUGCGUCCAUGUACGCUGGUCAGAAUAUGUGAUGAAUGCAACUAUGGAUCAUAUCAAGGACGUUGUGUGAUUUGUGGAGGACCUGGUGUAUCAGAUGCUUACUAUUGCAAAGAAUGUACAGUGCAGGAAAAAGAUAGAGAUGGUUGUCCAAAGAUUGUCAAUUUAGGAAGCUCCAAAACAGACUUGUUUUAUGAAAGAAAGAAAUAUGGAUUUAAGAAGAGAUAGCAACAGUGACACUCACGAGCGUCAGGCAUUUUUAUUCAAAGGUGAACAAGAAUAAACAUGGAUAUGGAACAAGUUUUUACGGCAUUAUCAUCAGUCCCUACCAAACUGUCCAUGCCCGAACAAUGUAUAGUUUUCAUAGUAACUUGAUUUGUUCAGUUUGCAAAUAUUUUUGCCAUCCACCUUUAUCCUUUCAUUUGCAGGGCUUAAAAUAACAGCUGGUCAGUCACUGGUCAUAUUCACUGGCCAAAUUAGUUUUAGCUCAGUCAUACCUCAUUUCUGGCUCAUUGCCGGUCAAAAUAACUGGCAAGGCAAAGGUUUGACUGGACAAGUUUCAGUUCUGACUGGACAUAAUAUGAUGAAAUGUUAUUUUAAGCCUUUAUCUGCCAUCUUUCUUAAAUAACUUACUUACCUGGACUUUGUAUAGCUGAAAAGCUUGGAGGUUACCCUGGGCUCCAGAGGUUCUGGUUUAUUUGCUUCAAGGACUGAAGAGAGAAUAAAUAACCUUUGGAACCAAGAGCAUACCUGGAAGCAUACUUAAUGUUUAAURUUCUAAAAUUUCAGAUGCUUUAUGUCAGAAUAUUAUCAUACUUGAACCAACCAUUCUGUAACAGAAAUUUCAAGACGAAAAAAACAACCUUUGAUAGUCAAAUCUACUCAUAGCUAGCCAUUUGUAAAAAAAAAAGUCCAAUAAAUUAUUUAAAAUUUAAUGUCAAAAAAAUUAUUCAUGGUGCUUUUAUAUCACUGUAAGGAUUAAGUAAGUAGCAUGAAAGGUAACCUGUGUGCAGCCAAAUGUAACUGUGUCUAAGCCAGAGUUAAAAUUUGGCUGCACACAGGCUACUCGAGAGGGAGAAUGAAUCCAGGACUAUCAAAUCUAGUUAGUAGAGGGGACUAUCUCCAUUUACUAAAUAUGAUCAAAUAAAGCAAUGCAGAUGUUUGGAAUUAAAGCAUAUGGCUCAAUCAGGUAUUGGACACAGUUUAAAUAAUUCRAUAGAAACAACAAAAGAACACAAGUUAUAUGAUAGAACCAAGAUAACAAAGAAUACAAUAGGUUUGUGUUAGUAUGCAGAAGGACCCAAACAUACAGUAAAAAACCUCCAUGUUAAUUUUUUAAAAAUCAUAAUAUUGACACAAGUUAAGCUGUCAGAAUAAUCCUGGAUCAUAUUUUCUCGUAGAUGAAAUUUUAAAAUUCAGAUAAUUUGAUGGCUUUUUGAUUUCUAAAAGUAUUCUGCAAAUAAGCAAAGUUUGUUUCUCGGAUAUUUUUGCUUAUAAAACCAUCACAAGCAAGGAUUGUGUGCUGUCUAUGAAGAUUGGUAAUAAUCCCUUUUUCAUUAAAUUAAUUGAAUCCA